AGCUUCUUUCUCUUGGGAAAUUUCCCCAGCUCUUUUGCGCUAUGAAUCUCUACGUAUCUUGCUGGUUUCUGAUGUUUAUGUUUGUUUCAGUUUGAGUUUUCUUGGUCAGAUUUCAGCCCUAACAUCAAUUCUGAGCUUGGAUUUGGUGCUACGAUGUUGAAAGAUGGCCAAAAAUCUCAAAUACGAACUGGUUUUGUGCGUUGUUACUGUUCAUACGCGAUUUAAUUUUGUCUCGUCAAUCUAGCUACUGCAGUGGCUCUUGUUUGGUUUUCUGUACUUCGAGUUGGUGCUGGGCUGAAUCUGUGUAGACGGAAAUUGUUGAGAAGUUUUUGGGGACUCAUUACCGGAGAUUGGGGAAUUCUGUUCACAGGUUUACUGAGCUCUGUCUACUAAACUGGGACGAAAGUCUCUGUUCUCUAAAAGAUUGGAUUGAGGGAGCUAUUUUUUGUUUCUGUGCAUCUCUGAGUCUUGGCCAAACCUAAACACGAACUGGUCGCAAGUUUGAUAGCUACGCCCAGGUCUGUUUUGAACGAACUGGAUGCAGGUUUGAUGGCUACGCCCAGGUCUGUUUGCUUACUACGCCAAGCUCUUUUUUCUUAAGGUCUUUGUGCGAAUUUGUAACCUGCUACGGAUGAGAAAAAAACAGUCUGGGAUUGGGGAGUCCUCAUCUAGGAUUACCCGGUCUAAGGCAUUAAGAUUUGACCUCCUCAACUUUGAGGAAGAAUUCCCACAGCUCACUGAACUGAAGGAACAUGCUGUUACUGCUGGGAAUAAAGAAAUAGUGCAGGCAAGAAUUCAGGUUGAUGCCUCUCCAACUGUGGCAGCCUGUGCUAAUAAGAGUGUGACACUACCUGAUGGAAAGAAGAAUGGGAAAGUAGCAGGGGGGACUACUUCUGAGGCAGCAAACUCAGUCCAAGCUGCUGGGGAAAAAUCUGGAAUUACUUCCAAAAUGCCAAAAUCUGGGCAGAAGGAAAUUGGGGGGACGUUGGUGGCAGCUAGCAAGACUACACAAGAUGAUUGAAUAUGCCAACCUGCUAAGGUUACAGCUGAAAUUCCCUUGCUCAAAUCGCAGGCAGAAAUGCUUACUGCCCCUGCGCAAUCUGCUGCUAAAAUUGCUAAAACUGCUGCUAUAACUACUGAAAUGGAAAGAAAAUCUUGGAAUGAUCUGUUUAAGGACAACCGAGCCCCAACGCACGGCCUUAAACUGAAAUAUGUCCCACCCAAAGAAAAGGGACUUGAUUUUGCUGAUAGGAUUUUUCCCUCUAUGACCGAGAUGUGGGGUCACUGUCUCGUUGGUUUUUUCACCGGUACUUUCCCCGGAUUGAAAGCGAUUCAUGAACUAAACAAUGAAUGGGGAGUGAAGUGCCUUGUUAGGUCCCAUAAAAAGGGUUGGGUUAUAUUCAAGUUUUCAAGUGAACAGGAUAGGACUAAAGUGUUGAAUGGAGGACCGUACUCCAUUUUUGGGAAACUACUAUUUCUUAAAGUACUCUCCGAUGAUUUCUCUUUUGAUGAUGAAGAAUUUUUAAAGGUGCCAAUUUGGGUGAAAUUCCCUAAUCUACCCUUAAAGCUAUGGAAUGAGGAGGCGAUGAGUGAAGUGGCGUCUAUGGUUGGUGUCCCACUAACUACGGACAAGGUCACCCAAGACAAGAGCAACCACAAUUUUGCUAGAGUGCUUAUCGAAGUGGAUGUUUCCAAGCCACCACAAUUAUCUUUUCCUAUACGACUACCUUCUCGAAAGGUAUUCAAACAAUUUGUGGUAUAUGAAACAUUUCCUAGUUUUUGCUUUCAUUGUAAAGAGUAUGGACACCAUCCUUUUAUUUGCAAAAUUCUGGCCGAAAAGGAGAUUAGUGCAACUGAACCCGAUGCGAAAGUAGGUGCACUGGAGAGUACAUGCUGCGCCAAACCAAAUGAAGCUCCUGAAGCUUUGGUACCUGCUGUUCCAGAGGUGGGAAUUCCAGCACCUGUUUUGGUACCUGCUGCCAAUGUUGAUGUUGCGCAGCCUGCUGAGCCAAACCAGACUGCUCUGGUUGCUGCGUUGGUAGCUACUUCCACUACUUGUGUGGAACUUGCUGUUGCCACCACACCGGUGGUACUUGCUGCGGCACAGUUGGAUGGAAAUGAGGUGGCAAACUCGCUGCAAUUCCCAGAAGUUGUGCUGAAUGGAAACGAAAGUGCUAAAAAUAAGAACAAAAUUAAAAAGAAAAAAAGGAAGACGGGUAGGCCAAGGACUUUCAAAUCUGGCGCUAGAGCACCGAAAAGGAUUGAAAAUGAGAGUUCAGGAUGGUAUGAGACCGACAACUCUAAGGGGGAGGACCUGGUUCCAGAGAGGAUGACUCUUUUUGAAUUUUUUAGUAAUCGGGCAAAUGGGAAGUAAUAAAUGACUGGAAUAGUUAGUCAGUUUAUUUUCGACUUUGUGAUAUGGGGGUUGUCCCAUUUUUAAUUGAAUGAUUUUAUCUAGGUUAGUCUUUUCUAGCUUAGAUAGUCAUUGAGGUCUUUUGAUGCAUUGUAAAAUGCUAUUUUUUGGGUGCUUAUAUAUAUACUUACAUUUCAUCCAAAAAAAAAGAAGGGUUUGUG